AUGAAUAAGCUCCAAACAGAGAGCAAUAAGAAGCCCUUGCACAAAAACGCGUCAUAUGAGAACAGAACAACCUUGCCCUUUAGAAAUCCUGUACAUUUACAAGACUUGUCUAAUGAUAACCUUGCCCAGGAAAGCAGCCUGAUUAAAACCAGAAGUAUUGAUGAGAUAUUGAAAGACUCAGAACAAGAGUUAUCAGCCUUUGCAAAAGCGGCACCUGUGCCAGGCUUUCUGACACAUCAAACCCCAGAGCCUCUAGAGAGAGAGUUUAGUUUAAACACUAAAUUCAAGGCUAUGAAAAUUAGCAGCGAGACUACCUCACCUAGAUCGCACAUCUCAUUGAUGGAAAAUAAGAUACAGUUCAACGAAGAACUGAAGAACUUCCAGAAUAACAUUGAAAAUAAGCUAGACGAGGCGGUAAAUCAACUGAAUGAGAAAGUAGAUUCAGGACUCAAUAUGCUUAAUGACGAGAUAGCGAUAAACUUUGAAGAAGUCAAAGACAAUCUUCAUAAGAAUACAGAAGGAAUGGGUCAUAGCCCUAUGAAAACGGUACUCACAGAAUACCUUACGAGAGUAGAAAACCUGCUAGAAAAAGUGGUGAAAGCGCAGAGAGAUCACGCAGAGUUCUACUAUAAACAUCUAGGUGACCUUAUGUGCGCCUUGGGCGAAAAAAUGGACGCAAUAUCACACAGUAAUAACCAGAUAUACCAUAAUGUGGUAAGAGUGAUUUCACUAGUAGGAAAAGAAUCAUACAAACCAAAUAACCACACAGAAGCAACAAUACCUACGGCUACGGUAUCCGAGGAGGAGAUCCCAUUGAGCAAUAACCCAUUCGAGCAAGAGUAUAAAGCACAAAGAAUGCAGCAGCAGCCUCCUGAGAUACCGCCAAAGAACGGGAAUGAAGCAAGUUUCGGAACAUCCUCGUGGAAGAGAAAGAUGGGUACAGCUUUCGAAAAAGAUACCUUUGAAGUCAAACAUCGAAAGAAACCACUUUCAUGGUUGCUGAAUCAACGGAAACGCAUAGAAGCAGCAUGGCCAUAUUUUACAACAUCUGAACAGAUAGAUAAAAUUCUGGGCCAGUGUAGAGGAGAUCUGGAACAUGCAGUACGAUCAAGAAUCACAGACCCGAAUGAUUAUGAAGCCUUCAUGAUCAUAUUUGAAGAUAUUGUCACAACCACUUCUAUUGGGAAAUAUUCCACGCAAAAGAAUAACUUCCAAAAGACGGCAACGACAUAUCCUUUAGCGAAAGAUACACCUAAAGAUGCAUACAUCCCGUCGAGAGACUUUAAAGGAGCCAAAUUACCUGGCGGAGCGGGGAAAACCUAUGAGAAACCGCCCUUUAGACGAGAUGACACAAGGAAACCUCGGUUCGAGAGAAAGCAGAUUAACGCUAUCGAAGAAGCAGAAGACGAGAAAGAGUCAGAAGACUCUCGGGAAAAAGAAGAGAACAGUCUCUCAGAAUCAGACACGACAGAAGACGAAGUAGAUUUCUGUAUAGGAAACAUAGACAUGUCAAACACUACAGGAAUACAUAUGGAAAGUCCUGUACAGAUAGCCGUUGGAGACAGUCAAGCGGACGAAGCUGAGGAAGGACUCGGCGAAAGCAACGUCACAAAUUAUACACAACAGACUCCUCCACCUUCUAUCGAACACUUUCAUUUUAAGGAUUCAGAACCAAGAACAUUCCUGAAAAUAUCGAUUAAUGGAAAUUUGGGGAACAUCAUGAUACAAACAGGGACGGACGUGUCGGUCAUCCCUCUGAACUUUUUGCGCGCAUGUUACCCAGACUGGGAAGAUUAUCUUAUACCAUCCACGGACGAUCCAGACGAGAUCCCGAGCAAAGCAGGACAUAUACAUGUACUAGUAAAACUAGAACACGCUACGAAACCGUGUUUCCUAAGGAUCAUGUUCAUCGUAAUCAACGAUCCGAAACUAUGUUACCCUGAGUUAGGAAGUCAGGAUCUGAACAAUUAUAAAUUUAUGAUAUACUUAGGCACCAAGAGAUUUUGUGAACUUCGAUCGAAGGCGAGAUCAAGCAUCGGAAAGAUACAGAAAUUGCCACCAUUACAAUGGAACAUGACGAGAAUCUAG